AUGCGUAUAAACAACACUUUCUCUGCUGGUUUGCCUAUUGUUCAUUCGAAUGCAGAGUUUUCAGCUUUAGUGAACUCAAACACUUUAGCAAACAUAAACUUAACCUUAGUUGACGCAAACUUUGUUCCUGUAAAACUUUUAUGUCCUAUGUAUUUGUCAAUGACGGCAGAAAGUUUCGAAUUGGAAGAUGCAACUGGUGAAAGUAUUGUACUACAAGAACAACUUCAACAACAAAUAGCUCAAGAACAACAAAUGCAACAAAUGGAACAAAUGCAACAACAAAGUCAAGAACAACAAAUAGCUCAAGAAUAA